AUGUCGCUCAAUUCGUCUCACUAUAACAACGGCGUAUUAGUAUAUGCUGGUGAAAGAAUUUUGAUUUAUUGCGAUGGUGUACAAAUGUCUUUUGAAGGGGGCAACUUGCCAACCGGUAAUAAAAAAGGCAGGAUUUACUUGACCAGUCACAGAGUGGUCUUCAUCAGUAACAACCAAAAUGAUAAUCUGCAGUCAUUUAGCAUGCCUUUCUUCACAAUGAAAGAAGUUGAAUUAGAACAACCAAUUUUUGGGGCCAACUACAUCAAGGGAGUGGUAUUUGCAGAACAAGGAGGUAAAUGGUGUGGGCAUGCUAAAUUCAAGAUGUCUUUUAACCAUGGUGGUGCUAUUGAGUUUGGUCAGGCUAUGUUACAAGCUGGUAAAAUAGUUUCUCGCUAUCAAAUGCCUCAGCCACCUCCAUACACACCACCACAGGGACCAUACUACCAACCACCACCUCCAGCCUAUUCUGCACCUAGGUAUGACUGGGUGCCAUACCAAACAUUCCCAAAUGCACCUCCAGCAUCUGAAGUCUUCAUGGCUGAAGCACCCCCACCAUACCCUGGAAUUGAUCCUAGUCUGACGCCAUAUCCAAAUAAUCCUCCUCAAGAUGCCAAGGCUAGAGAAGCAGCUGCUAGUGCAUACUACAAUCCUGCAAACCCUCACUUGUUGUACAUGCCCAGCCCCAAUGAGCCUCCACCGCCCUACACAGAGGCUACAAAAAAGAGCAACUGA